AUGCAAAACGGUACUCCGAACGGCACUUCACAACAUCAUGAACGCGUGACACCUGAACGCGACGACAAACUUCGCGCUUCGUCCCAUGCAGAGUCUCUCAGCGAUUUCACGAAAGUCGACCAGACACCCGGUGCACAAAACGACGAUGGAACUAUAAAUGGCCACCAUGAAGGGCCUCCGCCCAAAAAGCGAAGACUCGCCGAGUCCAGUACUUCCCGACGCUCGACACCUCGGCCAGCCUCGCCGCCGUGGAAGAACCCUGGUGUUGAUGGACCGACAUCCUUCUACGAAGAUGGCCGACGCAAAUCAGCGAGGACAAAUGGGCUCCCUCUUGAGUUGCAGCGGCCCUCCGAGAAGAGGCAAACGCGAGCAGCUCAGAAGGAGUAUAUGAGCAAGACCCUUUCCACUCGUCAGGCGCAGCAGGCGUCAUCGCCACUUUCGUCUACCCCGUCGCGAUCAGAGACAAGUGGAAGGAGGUCUCUUAGUGGCAAAGCUACGACAAAUGGCACUGUAACUAAUUCUCCAAAAAGAGAGUCUCCGAGAAAAUCCAGUUCAAGAUUGUCGGCUAGCAGCGUAAACCAUGCUACACCGUUAGCUGCGACAAAAUCUACCAAUACGCGCACGAGGUCGCAAAGUUCGGUCAAUCCAACCACACGCUCUCUCACAGCUGGUGCAGCGGUAAAUGGUUCCAGCCCAAGGGACGGCCGUCGCAAUGCUUCCAUGUCGACAAAUGCAUCGCCCUCCGCUGACCAGGAUGUCGAUGGAUACGAAAAUGUCAAAGUCGUCGAUGGCGAGGAAUGGCAGGAUGUAUCUGGAGGUCAGAAAUUGCCACGGCUACGGUUUAAGCUGAAGAAGCCGUCGAUUGGUAUUCAGCACCCCGCCCACGUUCUGCCUCCAAGGAAACAUGCGUCAUUCCGAGAAUGGGUUGAAAGCAACGAUGCGAUAACGGGGGAGUCCGUUUACCUUACACCCGAAGAUGCUCGAGAAGAAGCUGCAAGACGACUCAGAGUUCUGGAGGCCGGAAAACCUGGCGGCCUGCUCACUCCGCAGGUCUGUUCUGCUUGUCUUCCAGAUCCACAAGAUGAGCCGCCACAGCAAUAUUCUCACCAAGAUCACCUUGUCGCCCAUGCUCUAUAUUUCCGUAAGCUUCUGGAUCAGGAGCACAAGCGUCAUCGCAAUAUGGCCCGACUGUUCGCUCAGUGGUGUGCCGAGGCGUGGAGAAAGCGGAAUAAGCGCCCGGAAGACAUCCUUAGAGAACAGCAGGAAGAACUCAAAAACAAGCACCGCCAAGUAGUCAAAGACCUCCAGAAACAGUUCGAUCUCGUUCGAGCAGAAGUCGAGAGGAUCCGUCUGGCACGCUGGGAAGAGGAACGGAAGGCAGAAGAUCAGCAGGCCCUGGAUCGUGCAAUCAGGCAAUCAACAAUGCUCUUUGAGAAGAGAAGACAGGAAAUUCUUGGCGAAAUUGAAAGCGAUGCUGACGAUUCCAGCGAAGAUGUCGAGGAAGACGAUGUAUCCUCUGUCUCUUCUGAUGAAGAUGACAGCAACAUGUCAACCACUGAUACCGAAAGCGAGAGCGAUGACGGUGUUGAUGACGACGCAGCCUUGACCGUCGAAGAACUCCGCCUGAAGUACGCAAAUCUUCCGGAGACUGAUUUUGGACAGGAUCGUAUGUCCGUGACUUCCUCGUCAUCCUCCACUCACAGCGCAUCGCCACCCGCAGAAAAUUUCGCCGAGGAUGAGCCCGCGUCACAAAACCCGUCUGCAGGCAUGUCCCCCGGGCACGUUGAACUGGAUGAAGUUGAUCCGAUUCUUCUGGACGACAGCGAUGAGUCCACAGACAUGGAUGACGAUAUGGGCGAAAGCGAUGAGGACAGAGACUCCAGUGAAGAGGACACUAGUGAAGGCAGUGACGAUGGUCCCGGCCUAUUGGGCUUCUACUCUUCGAAGGAUGCCCUCCUUGGAACCGUUGAUGACGAGGAGGAAGAACCUGAAGACCAAGAUGAAGUUUCCCUGGUGCCAACUGGCCCGCCUGAGCAGACCGAGGAAACCGAACAUGUCGAACAGACCGAUCCUCGUGAAGAAGAUGUAGGCGUUGAAAGGCCACCGUCGCGGGCGGGAGAUGCGGUAGUGGAGGAUACUGCUGAAAUCCCACCGGACUCACGACAAAGCAGAGAUGAAUCUAGUCAAGCGUCACCAGGCACCGUUGCGACAAAGCCCUCCGACCCAGAAUCGAUCUCCUCGUACGAAGCUCCGGUGGAGAAACCAAGCGAGUCCACAGAUCCUCCUGCCCCUGUUGGUCUCAAGACACCCAUUCCGCAUUUACUUCGCGGGAAGUUACGCGAAUACCAACACUAUGGUUUGGAUUGGUUGGCAGGUCUCUAUACUAAUCGCAUCAAUGGUAUCCUUGCCGAUGAGAUGGGUCUGGGAAAGACCAUUCAAACAAUAGCCCUUCUAGCGCAUUUGGCGGUCGAACACGAGGUCUGGGGUCCACAUUUAGUGGUCGUGCCUACCAGCGUCAUCCUCAACUGGGAAAUGGAAUUUAAGAAGUGGUGCCCGGGCUUCAAGAUAAUGACAUAUUAUGGAAAUCAGGAAGAGAGGAGACAGAAGCGGAAGGGCUGGACGGACGACAGUAGCUGGGACGUCUUGAUCACAUCUUAUCAGUUAGUGUUGCAGGAUCAACAAGUGCUCAAAAGGAGGAACUGGCAUUAUAUGGUCCUCGAUGAGGCCCACAACAUCAAAAAUUUCCGUUCUCAGAGAUGGCAGGCUCUCUUGACUUUCAAAACAAGAGCUCGGCUCUUACUCACCGGCACUCCCCUCCAGAACAACUUGACGGAACUAUGGUCGCUUCUCUUUUUCCUGAUGCCUUCGGACGGCGAGGAGACAGGUGUCGAAGGAUUUGCUGACCUCAGGAACUUUUCCGAAUGGUUUCGACGGCCGGUGGAGCAGAUUUUGGAACAGGGCAGGGAGACGAUGGAUGAGGAGGCGAAACAAGUUGUCAACAAGCUCCAUACAGUUCUGCGGCCAUAUCUGCUUAGGCGGCUCAAAGCAGAUGUUGAGAAGCAGAUGCCAGCCAAGUACGAGCAUGUUGUCUACUGUAGACUGUCGAAGCGUCAGCGUUACCUCUACGAUGGCUUCAUGUCGCGAGCACAAACAAAGGAGACGUUGGCCUCUGGGAAUUAUCUCUCCAUCAUCAACUGUUUGAUGCAGCUCCGCAAAGUCUGCAAUCAUCCCGAUCUGUUCGAAACUCGCCCAAUCUCGACGUCGUUCGCCAUGCCUCAGUCUGUGGCGACGGAAUAUGCGGUCAAAGAGCGCCUUGUUCGGCGACGCCUCCUGUACCAGCAUCCUUUUGAGAAGCUUGACCUGGACUUCCUCAAUCUCGCCCCGGUGUCGAGGGAAGACCUGUCUCGAAGGCUUGUGGAAGACACCAGUCGAAUCAUGGCCUUUGGACCCUUGAAGACGCUGCGCGAACGUCAGUAUAAGCGCACGAAUUGGCGGAUGGAAUUCGACGGUUCAACCGUGCAAUCCGCCUUGAACUCCAUGGAGAAUGCUGCGAGGAAGAAGAGAAUGGACGAACUGGAGAGUUGCUUGUACUUUGAGUCAAAACGUCAUGGGCGUCGUCCUGUCUAUGGUAAAAGUCUGAUCGAAUUCCUCACUAUCGACACCGUGCAGAGUGGAUUGUCAAGUCGUCCUUCACGGCAACGGUCUAUGGCCGAGUGGUUGUCAAGCCGAUCGUCGGUUCUCGCGUCCAUGAUCCUAUCGAUAGAAGAUAGAGCCCGGCAGAUGGAAGGCUACAUCCAAAGAUUCGCUUGCGUUACUCCAGCGGCAACCGCUGCUGGAAUCACCGAGGCCGCACUCACACCUCUUGAGUCACGGUAUUUCAGCGAGGAGCAAAGGAACCCUCCAUACGAGCCUUUCCACGAAGCCCAAAUGCGUUUGUCCAUUGCUUUCCCGGAUAAAAGACUGUUGCAGUAUGACUGCGGUAAACUGCAGAGACUGGACAAACUCCUUCGGGAGCUCCAGGCGGGCGGUCAUCGGGCACUGAUAUUUACUCAAAUGACGAAAAUGCUCGAUAUCUUGGAGCAAUUUCUGAACAUUCACGGACAUCGCUAUCUCCGGCUUGACGGUACUACCAAGGUUGAACAGCGACAGAUGCUCACAGAACGGUUCAACAAUGACAACCGCAUUCUUGCCUUCAUCUUGUCUACUCGAUCCGGCGGGCUGGGAAUCAAUCUGACGGGCGCGGACACGGUCAUAUUCUACGAUCUCGACUGGAACCCGGCGAUGGACAAGCAGUGUCAGGACCGAUGUCAUCGGAUCGGCCAGACCCGUGAUGUUCACAUCUACCGCUUUGUAUCGGAGUAUACCAUCGAGUCCAAUAUCCUGCGCAAGGCUAACCAGAAGAGGAUGCUGGACGACGUUGUCAUCCAGGAGGGAGAGUUCACCACGGACUACUUUACCAAGCUGGACGUUCGUGACAUGAUUGGGGAAGAUGUGCUGGCGGGACGAGAUGAGGCCAGCAAGGCGAUGGAUCGAGUGCUUGACAGCCAAGGCAGCGGGGCCGCUCGCGCAUUUGAGCAGGUGGAGGAUAAAGAAGACAUUGAUGCGGCCAAGAAUGCCCAAAAGGAACUCGAACACGCGGAUGAUGGCGACUUUGAAGAACGUAGUGUCUCCCGUGGCACACCAGCCCACCUGGGUCCGAACCAGGUCGACACCCCGACAACUGGUCCUGGGGACGAUGGCACGCCAGGGCCCAUCACGGGUGUGGACGAUGACGAACCGCAGCCAGGCCAUAUCGAUGACUAUCUCCUACGGUUUAUGGAGUGGAAUCUGAGGGACGAGCCACUGCAAAUUCCGCCCGACAAGAGCAAGAAGAAAUCGAAAAGGGGCAAAGAACAUCGGAUUAAGAGGCGUCGUUAA